GAGAACGAGAACGAGAACGAGAACGAGAACGAGAGCGAGAACGAGAACGAGAACGAGAACUCUCCGCCGCGCCGCCAACCCGCCAGAGCGAGCGACGCCGAGCCUCGGCCUCCAAGCCCUCGAGCCCUCAAGCCCUCCGAGCCUCCAAGCCCUCCGAGCCCUCCAAGCCCUCCGAGCCCUCCAAGCCUCCGAGCCCUCAAGCUCCAAGCCGUCCAAGCCUCCCCUCGCCCUCCGAGCCCUUCCAAGCCCUCCGAGCCUCCAAGCCCUCCAAGCCUCCAAGCCUCCGAGCCUCAAGGCCCUCCAACCUCAAGCUCCAAGCCUCGAGCCCCCAAGCCCUCAAGCCUCCGAGCCUCCAAGCCCAACCCCAACCUCCAACCCCCUCACCUCCCCCUCCAGCCUUCCCAACCCAUCCAAGCCCUCCAACCCAUCCAAGCCCUCCAACCCAUCCAACCCAUCAGCCCAUCCAAGCCCUCCAACCCAUCCAAGCCCUCCAAGCCCUCCAAGCCCUCCCAGCCCUCCGAGCCCUCCAAGCCCUCCAAGCCCUCCGAGCCCUCCGAGCCCUCCAAGCCCUCCAAGCCCUCCGAGCCUCCAAGCCCUCCAAGCCCUCCGAGUCCUCCAAGCCUCCAAGCCCCCUCCAAGCCGCCCUCACGAGCCCUCCAAGCUCCAAGCCUCCAAAACCAAUCCAACCGCCAUCCAACAACCUACAGCAUCCAACCAGCCCUCCAACCCUCCAAGCCCUUUCCACCCAUCAACCCAAGCCCUCCAACCUCCACCUCCAUCCAAUCCUCAACCCCCUAUCCAAGCCCUCCAACCCUCCAAGCCCUCCAACCCUCCAAGCCCUCCAACCCUCCAAGCCCUAACCCUCCAAGCCCUCCAAGCCUCCAACAUCCAAGCCCUCCAACCCAUCCAAGCCCUCCAACCCAUCCAAGCCCUCCAACCCAUCCAAGCCCUCCAACCCACCAAGCCUCCAAGCUCCAAGCAUCCAACCCAUCCAAGCCCUCAACCCCAAGCCCCCAGCCCUCCAAGCCCUGCAAGCCCCGAGCGCCUUCCAAGCUUCCAAGCCUCAAGCCUCCGAGCCAUCCAAGCUCGAAGCCUCGAGCCCUAGCACACAUCCAAGCCCUCCACAUCCACCCUCCAACCCUCCAGCCCUCCACCGCCAUCCAAGCUCCACCAUCAACCCAUCAAGCCUCCAACCCUCCAAGCACCUCAACCCAUCCAACCCAUCCAGCCUCAACCCAUCCAAGCCCUCCAAUCAUCAAGCCCUCCAACCCUCCAAGCCCUCCACCAUCAAGCCUCCAACCCAUCCAAGCCCCUCCACCCAUCCAAGCCCUCAACCCAUCCAAGAGCUCCGAGCCUCCACCCAUCCAAGCCUCCACAUCCAAGCCCUCCAAGCCUCACCCAUCAAGCCCUCCAAGCCCUCCAACCCUCAACCCAUUCCAAGCCCUCAACCAUCAAGGCCUCAACCAUCAAGCUCAACCCAUCAAGCCUCCAAGCCCUCCGAGCCCCUCCAAGCUCAAGCCUCGAGCCCUCAAGCUCGAGCCCUCCGAGCCUCCAAGCCCUUCCGAGCCCUCCAAGCCCUCCACCUCAAUCCAAGCCUCUAAACCAUCCAAGCUCCAACCUCAAGCCCUCAACCAUGCAGCCUCCAACCCAUCAAGCCCUCCAAGCCUCAACCAUCCACCCAUCCAACCCUCAACCCAUCAAGCCUCCAAUCCAUCAGCUCCCAACCCAUCAAGUCCAACCUCCGCCCUCCACCCUUCCAAGCCCAUAAACUUCCACCAUCCAGCGCUCCGAGCCUCCAACCAUCCAAGCCUCUCCAACCCUCCAAGCCUCCAACGAAUCAAGCCCUCCAACCUCAAGCCUCAAGCCAUCCAAGCCUCACCAAACAAUCCAACCGCAUCAACCCAUAAACAAGCUCAACUCAACAUCCAAGCCCUCCAACAUCAAGCGCUCCAACCAUCAAGCCCUCAACCCUCCAGCUCACCUCCAAGCUCCAAACCAUCGCAAGCCUCAAGCAUCCCCUCCAGCCUCAACGCCAUCCACCCCUCAACCCAUCAAGCCUCUCAGCCCUCACCCAUCACCCUCCCCUCAACCCAUCCAAGCCUGCCAACCAUCCAAGCCUCCAAGCCUCCAACGCCAUCCAAGCCUCAACAUCCACCCAUUCAGCCUCCAACCCAUCAAGCCUCCGAGCCCUCCAAAGCUCCGAGCCCUCCAAGCCUCGACCUCCAGCCUCGAGCAGUCCGAGCCUCCAACCCUCCGAGCCCUCCGAAGCCCCGAGCCUCCGAGCCCUCCAAGCCCUCCGAGCCCUCCAAGCCCUCGAGCCCUCCAAGCCUCCGAGCCAGCUCCGAGCCCUCCGAGCCCUCCGAGCCCUCGAGCCUCCAAGCUCCGGACCUCCAAGCCUCCGAGGCCCUCCGAAGCCCUCCAAGCCUCCGAAGCCCUCCAAGCCCUCCAGCCCUCCCAGCCCUCAAGCCCUCCAGCUCCGAGCCCUCCAACCUCUGUUUCCUUCGGAUGAAAACUCAAAAUUCCCAUCCGGGUCAGAGAACGUCAUGA